AUGCAAAGAACACGACUCUUCGCCUGCCUGGCAGCCCCUGCAGCAGGAAUACUCGCGGAGGCGCUGAGAUCACAAAGGGGCCCAAGCUCCCGCGAGAGCGUGAGGCAUGGACGGCGUGGCGGUGUGAGCCAUUGCUGGGCAUGGAGCAGCAAGCCUGAGAUUACAUCGGCAUCUGCCUUAUGGCAAGACUUUGGAGUAAGACGUGCGCACUACUCGCUAUCCAGUCAGAAGCUGAUACUGGAAGGAUGCCCCAGUGCCAUUCGUCCGCCAACCCCGGAGGACUCACAGCGCGUGCGAAAUAUGAAAGGUGAUGUCGUCACGGAGGCAGACAAUCCAGGAUUAAGGGUGGAGCCCAACUUCAUAGAUGAGGCAGAAGAAGAACAGUUGGCUCAAGAGCUUCGAGCCUAUGUUGACAAAUAUGGCUUCUGUUUCGAUGUAGAGAAAGUAUCGGUGCAAUUGGUGGACAGUACGGGGGCAACGCAAGAAGAGUUUGGCAAGAAUCUGUCCAGGCGAGUGACCGGCCGACCUGAAACACGUGGUGCUGAGGAGGGGGUCGUGGCACCUUGGGGAUAUGGGGCUGACCUGGAUGUCAACAAGUUGCCCCCGUUGGUGUUGAAGCUUGUCGAGCGGCUACAGGCUGAGAAAGGCUACAAGUUGGGGCCACUGCGAGAUUGCACAAUCAAUCAUCGAACAGGCUCGUUCUUCAUGAUCCAUCCGCAUGUAGACCCUCCUGCCGACGGUCCCCAUGUCUUCUUGCUAGGCAUUCUUAGUGGUGCUGUGCUUACCUUCACACCGGCAGAUACCGCUCCGCGAACAGGCCUGGAAAUUGAGCAGAGAUCGUGGACGGACUCUGACUUGGACCUUCUCAUUCGCCGUAGGAGCCUAGUUGCAUUCACGGGAUCAGCGCGCUACGAGUGGCGGCAUGGUAUCCGAGCAGGAUUUCAGCUUCAGUCACCUGAGCUUGGGGGCCCUGUGGUCUGCGACUUUUGGGGGUCCAUGAAGUACAUCCUCCCACGACGCCAGGAGCGUUUCUCCGUGGUGCUGGCCUUCGCCGACUGCAUACAGAGCUGA